GGAAUUUGUCUUUGUCCUGAUGGAUAUUUUGGUGACAAAUGUGAUUUGCCUUGUCCUGAUUGGACAUAUGGAAAGAACUGCCAAAUGUCUUGUCGUUGUUCUCGUGAGGGAACUCAAAAAUGUGAUACAAAAACUGGUUCUUGUCAGUGCCUUCCUGGUUUCCAAGGUAUUUAUUGCCAUCAAAGAUGUCAUUUUGGAUUUUUUGGGGAUAAUUGUUCUCAAGAAUGUAAUAUGUGUCCUCGAAGAAAUUGUGAUUCAAAAAAUGGUGUUUGCUUAGAUUCUGAAUUUGAAAUUGUUUCAAAAUGUCAACCGGGCUAUUUUGGUGAAAAUUGUGAAAAAGUUUGUCCAAUUGGAAAAUAUGGAAAUAAUUGUUCUCUGGAUUGUAAAUGUUUUGAUAAUGAGGAAAAUCUUUGUCAUCCCGUCAGUGGUAUUUGUUUACAAAUAAAUUGUCCUGAUGGAAAAUAUGGACCCAAUUGCAAUUUUGAUUGUUUGUGUGAAAAUGGAGCAACUAGAUGUGAAUCUUUAAAUGGAACAUGUUUUUGUAAAGAUGGUUUUUAUGGGCCUAAAUGUAGUGAAAAAUGCCCACCAGGCCGUUUUGGUCAAAAUUGUAAAAAUAUUUGUGAAUGUCAAAAUGGCGCACAUUGUGAUUCUAAUGAUGGAAGUUGUUUAUGUCCAGCAGGCUUUCAUGGCAAAUUUUGUGAACAUCUCUGUCCUCGUGGUACUUUUGGUAUUAAUUGUAUGGAAAUUUGCGAUUGUGAAGUUUCAAUGAAUAGUUCAAGUCAUUUGGAAUACAAAAUGGAAGAAGGGCAUCAAUAUGAACAACAACAGCAAUCAUCUCUACUUCAUCUAGGCACAGAUAAUUGUAAUCCAAUUGAUGGUGACUGUAUUUGCCCGCCUGGUUUUUAUGGGAAACGUUGUGAACAAGAAUGCCCAAAUGACAAAUUUGGCAUUCAAUGUACUGGUACUUGUGCUUGCCAAAACGGGGCUACGUGUAAUUCAGCAACAGGAGAAUGUAAAUGUGCACCGGGAUGGUGGGGUGAACAUUGCGAGCGUACAUGUCCUUCUGGAACUUUUGGUGAAAAAUGUGGGAAUAAAUGCAAUUGUGGUGUAGAAGGAGGAGACAGAGGAGAUGUUGAUGAUAUAAGAUGUCACCAUGUAACAGGAGAGUGUCAAUGUCCUCCAGGAUUGACUGGCCAAUUAUGCAAUGAAAGUUGUCCUUUGGGAAGAUGGGGACCUGGAUGUUCUGAACUGUGUAAUUGCUCAUCAAAUGGAGGAGGAGGAAAAUGUAAUCCUGUUACUGGUUUUUGUGAGUGCUCUGCUGGAUGGAUGGGACGAAAUUGUGAAUUUGAAUGCCCUUCUGAUUUGUAUGGGCCAAAUUGUCUUGAACAUUGUCUUUGUGCAAACGGAGGAAAAUGUAAUUCUCAAACUGGAGAGUGCUCAUGUACUUCUGGAUGGACUGGAAAAGGAUGCGAAUUUCCCUGCCCUUUUGGUCUUUUUGGUACUGGUUGCAAUGAUAAAUGUGAUUGUAAAAAUGGUGCAAGUUGUAAUCAUACAAAUGGAGAGUGUUUUUGUUUACCUGGAUGGACUGGAAGAAGAUGUGACAAACAAUGUGAAGAAGGUACUUUUGGUUCAAAUUGUUCCCAAACUUGUCAGUGUCAAAACGGUGGAGUUUGUAAUCAUAUAAGUGGUCACUGUCAAUGUGCACCUGGAUGGAGAGGGAAAAAGUGCAACAAAGCCUGUACAAAAGGAUUUUAUGGCCAAGAUUGUGCACAAUUGUGUAAAUGUCCAGGCUUGGAAGCUUCUUGUGACCAUGUAACUGGACAAUGUGAAUGCCCUUCAGGAUUUAAAGGUCUUCAAUGUGUCGAGAAAUGCCCUCCUGGUACCUUUGGAGUAGAAUGUUCCCAAAAAUGCAAUUGCAAAUUACCAAACCAAGAAUGUGAUCCUUUCAAUGGAAAAUGUUUUUGUAAAGCUGGAUAUUAUUCUGAUGAUGUUCAAUGUGAACAGAGUUGUGUUCAAGGACUUUUUGGCAUUGGAUGUUCAGAAAAAUGUGACUGUCAAAAUGGUGCAAAUUGUAAUAUAGAGACUGGAGAGUGUUUAUGCCCACCUGGCUUUAUUGGUCCUCAUUGUGAAUUUUCUUGUCCAGAAAAUCGUUAUGGACCUAGUUGUUCAAAUUUUUGUGUGUGCCAAAACGGAGGGAAAUGUGACCAAAAAAGUGGAGAAUGCUUUUGUCUACCAGGCUUUACAGGAAGUAAAUGUUCUGAAUUAUGCCCUCCUGGCCGGUUUGGACAUAAAUGUAGGGAUAAAUGUCAAUGUGCUGAUGGGUCUAAAUGUGAUCCAAUAAAUGGAAAUUGUUUUUGUAGGCCUGGCUUUAUGGGACCGACAUGUCUUGUUGAAUGCCCUCAAGGACAUUAUGGGUUUAAUUGUUCACUUGAGUGUGACUGCAAUGGAGCUAGUUGUAAUCCUUCAAGUGGUUGUUGUAAUUGUCCAUCGGGACGGCAUGGUUCAAGAUGCCAAUUUGAAUGCCCUCAAGGAAGAUUUGGUUUACACUGUUCUCAAACCUGUUUGUGUCAAAAUGGAGCUAAUUGUAAUAUUUUAACGGGAGAAUGUUUAUGUCCACCAGGAUUUUCUGGAGAAAAGUGCGAGAAUCAUUGUCCUUUUGGUUUUUAUGGUCCUUUAUGUUCUUUAUCCUGUGAAUGUGCUGGGUAUGGAUGUAAUCCAAUUACUGGAGAGUGUAUCUGCCCUAUGGGGAAAUUUGGAAAGGAAUGCUUGGAAGACUGUCCAGAAGGCCAAUUUGGCCAGAAUUGUAACCAACAAUGUGAAUGCUAUAAUGGAGCAAGGUGUAACCCAAUAGAUGGAAAAUGUCAGUGUUUACCUGGAUAUUUGGGUCCAAAUUGUAAAUUGGAAUUGAGAGAUCCUGAAAGAAUGGCAAAAAGAGGAGAUUUGCCUGAUUUUGAUGAAAUUAUUAGAAGGCGUAAAAGGGCAAAAAAUUAAUUUAAAUUUAAAAAAAAUUUUUUUGAAAUUUUUUCUUUUCUUUUUUGUUUUUACCCCCGUGACUGUUGAAGUCAUUUUAUUAUUAUUUUUUAAUAAAUAAAUAUUUAAAUUAAUUUUUUAAAAAUCAAUUUACGAAUUUUCGUUUUUAUAUUUGCUAUAUUUUAUUUUUUCUUCAUUUCUAGUGUGCAAAAUUAAUGUUUGGCUCUACUUUAGGGAAUGUGUUUCCUUGGUCGAAAAGAGAGAAGAACAAGAAGUUGAACAGUCUUUUUACUAAUGUCAUUAAAAAGCCUCUUAAGUUGGACACAACAACGGUACUUUCGUACAUGUCACUGAUCUUUCUGGACGCGAAACUAUUGUGAAAAUUACUGGUGGAAUGCGUGUAAAAGCUGACAAGGAUGAAGCGAGUCCAUACGCGGUGAUGCUUGCUGUUCAGGAUGUUGCACAUCGUGUUCG